AUGACCGACCCCUUCGUCGCGAACUCGCAUAUCCUCCAUCGCACCUUUGCGACACGGCCCUCGAAAGUGACCAAGGGCAAUGGGAUAAGCUUCACAUUAGAAGAUGGAAAACAAAUUAUCGACGCCAGCUGUGGACCAUCAGUCUCUUGCCUCGGUCACAGCCAGCCCGAAAUCUUCGAUGCAAUCACCAACCAUCUCCAAAAUGACAUCGCAUAUGUAUACUCAGGAAGCCCAUAUACAAACCAGGCUACAGAAGACCUAGCCACUCUUCUUCUGUCAUCAAAGCCGGGUGGUCUAUCCAAGGCUAUCUUUGUCAACUCCGGCAGCGAAGCAACAGAUGCAGCCUUGAAGCUUGCUGCGCAGUAUUGGCAUGAACGGGGCCAGCCACGGCGGACGCAUUUCAUUGCUCGGAAGCAGAGUUAUCAUGGAAAUACCAUUGGUGCGCUUUGUGUUUCUGGGCAUGAGUCGCGGCGCGCAUAUUAUAAAGAUUUCAUGUCGAAGAAUGUUUCUUUUGUUGAUCCUUGUUAUGCUUAUCGGAUGCAGGGAAGUGAUGAAGACAAUGAUGCAUUUGUGAAGAGGCUGGCGAAACAGUUUGAGGAUGAGAUUUUGAGAAUAGGACCUGAUAGGGUUGCUGGGUUUGUGGCGGAAACUGUUUCUGGGACUACGCUUGGCUGUGUGCCUGCUGUGCCAGGGUAUUGGAAGGCAAUCCGUGAGAUUUGUGAUCGAUAUGAAGUUUUAUUGAUUUUGGAUGAGAUCAUCUGUGGUAUGGGUAAGACCGGUACCAUGCACGCUUGGGAGCAAGAGGGCAUGCGGGGCCCUGAUAUUCAGACUAUUGGAAAAGCCCUCGGUGCAGGUUUUGUCCCACUUUCGGGUGUACUGCUCCACGAGAAGAUUUUCCAAGCUUUGUCUGCUGGUUCUGGAGGGCUGGCACAUGGGCAUACUUUCCAGGCUCAUCCUCUCGCCUGUGCGGCUGCAAUCGCGGCUCAGAAUAUCAUCAAACGGGACAACGUACUAGAAAAAGUCGUGAAUCUUGGCCAAAAGCUGGAAAAGUUGCUCCGAGAAGAGAUCGGCCCUCUUCCUUUGGUGGGAAAUAUCCGAGGUCGUGGUCUCUUCUGGGCCGUGGAGUUUGUCCUAGACAAGGACACAAAAAGACCAUUCUCCCUCGAAGACAAUUUCUCAAACAAAGUUGUUGCCAGCGCUCUCAAGCGUGGAGUGAAUAUCUUGGGAAACCUCGGCCACACCGGAACUUAUCAGAUCGACCAUGUCCUCGUUUGUCCACCUUAUAUCUCGACGGAGGAAGAUAUCAAGGGGAUUGUUUCCCUUGUGAAGGAGGCUAUUGUGGAGACAAGUGGGCCUUUUCUGUAA